AUGGCUGGCCACAAGGAGCGGGACGAGCCUUGGCCCAGCUGCCUGACAGUGCCAAGGCUGCCACAGUUGCCCUUGGCGGUGGCUCUCAACAGGACUGCCCAAGAACAGUGCCAGGACCUAAAGAGCGAGGUGCUCGCAGCUCCCAGAGAGGCCUGUGCCCAGGAGGGCAAGGCGCAAUGGCGGGACACCAUGGUGCACGGCCAGGUGCAGGACGGGGUGCUAAGCAAGUCCCCGGUGUCCCAAGGCGCUGACCUGCUGCCUGCAGAAGAGCAAGUGCCCUGUGCUGAGAAUGCCCCAGGAGAAGCAGCCUCUUCUGCUCCAGACGAUGCAUUACAGCAGGAGACCAGGCCCAAAGGCACUUCAGAGGGGCUUCAGCUCACCAGCCCCUGCUUUGCAGAGGAACCAUGCAGCUCUGCCAAAGCCAAGGCGGGCAAGUGCCACAGCGAAAUUGUGCCACCAGAGGAAACAUCGCCUUGCCAGCCUGAGCCUGCUGGCCUUGCUCAGAGUGUGCACGGAGAUGGGAGUGUGGAAAUGAGGGCUGAGAGCCAGAGAGCUGCCCCACACAGCCCCGCAACGCCUGCCACUGCUCCAGAGGACACGGGCCUGGGGCUCGUCCACGCAUCUGAGAGGAGCCCCAGACAACGGCGACAGCUGGGGAAGCCUCAUGCCGACAACGGCACACAGGAGCUGAGUGCAGGUGCUGUGCAGGAGAUGCUGGUGCACACCACUCUUGCAGCAGCCCUGGCAAGCGCUCUCCAGGUCCAGAGCAGAGAGGACAGUAAAAGCCCAGAGACCACAGCACCACGACAGCCUGAUCACCAUGCUCACAGUGGCCAAAGGAAGGUCAGGGGAGCCGAGGCACCAGCAUCGCCGGGCAGGGGCUGUGCUCCACCAUCAUCCAAAGCACCGUCACCAGCACGGGGCACCAGACAGCAGCCUUUGGGCAUCACGUGCCGCUUCCGAGGCAGGACGCUGCACGUGCACCCCGACAACACCUCGCGGUACCUCGCAGUGCUUUCCAUCAAAACCGAGCCACUGGAGGAGCUCGAGAGGAGCUGCCUGGCGCGCACUGGGCAGACCUUGGUGCAGCUGCGAGAAGCCUGCCUGCAGAGGAAGGAGCGGAGGCCAAGGCAGAGCGAGAGCGAGGAAGAGGAGGGCAAGGGGAAGCGUUUCUCCCUCACCAUGUCAGGACGCCUCAACGUUCAACCCAGGGAGAAAGGUAGCUGUCGCGAAGAAAAAGAGACAUCAGCACACAUUCAAUGUGAAUGCUAG